UCGCGCGCGCCGCCACCACGUAAACAAAACAAAACUUUUUUUGGGGGGGGUCAGUUUCAGCGUACCAGUGAUUCAGUUCACAUCGAGUGGACAAAAAUGCGGACUAGAAAAUCCUAUAAUAUAUAAUAUAGUCUAUAUAUCGGUAUAACUGAAUCCUGGCUGCAGCGCAGCAGACACACGAGCCCGGGAAUUGGUUUCACUGAAGUCAGACCGAUGAUAUGGGGACUAACCUACAGAUCCGGACAAAGGAAAUCUUUUCAGAAAACAAAACUGGAUUAUCCUUGUGAAAGAGAAGAAUUAAAGAUGGAGCCUGUCCAUAUUAAAGAGGAGGGUCCUGCACUGGAAUCAGUCCAUAUUAAAGAGGAGAGUCCUGUACUAGAAUCAGUCCAUAUUAAAGAGGAGAGUCCUGCACUAGAAUCAGUCCAUAUUAAAGAGGAGAGUUCUGCACUAGAAUCAAUCCAUAUUAAAGAGGAGAGUCCUGUACUAGAAUCAGUCCAUAUUAAAGAGGAGAGUCCUGCACUAGAAUCAGUCCAUAUUAAAGAGGAGAGUCCUGUACUAGAAUCAGUCCAUAUUAAAGAGGAGAGUCCUGCACUAGAAUCAGUCCAUAUUAAAGAGGAGAGUCCUGUACUGGAAUCAGUCCAUAUUAAAGAGGAGAGUCCUGUAUUAGAAUCAGUCCAUAUUAAAGAGGAGAGUCCUGAACUAGAAUCAGUCCAUAUUAAAAGGGUUAUUCUCAAUUCUAAACCCUUAAACAGCUUGCAGGGCUUUCUUCCUUGUCCUGGAUGUGGGGAGAGUUUUAAUCCUGAAGGAAACCUUGAAACAUCUCCUGGAAAGACUCUGCAUCGCUGUGCUGGAUGUGUGAAGACUUUCAGGGAGUCAGGAAUCCUGAACGGACAGCAGCAAACAGGCACUGGAAAGACUCCAUAUAACUGUCAUGAAUGCGGGGCAGAUUUCAGACACCACAGCACCGUGAAACACCACCUGCGAGUUCUGAAGGUACAGCUGGGUUAUCCUUGUGAAAGGCAGGAUUCAGAGAUGGAGCCUGUCCACAUUAAAGAGGAGCUUCCUGAACUAGACCCUGUCCAUGUUGAAGAGGAGGGUAACCAUUUUAAAACAAGCAGCUUGCAGGAGACUCUGUCCUGUACAGAAUGUGGAAAGAGUUUCAGUCAGUUACAAAAUCUUAGACGUCACCAGCGAUUCCACACUGGAGAGAAACGACAUGUCUGUGCUGACUGUAGGAAGAGUUUCAGUCGUUCAGACCAUUUGAAAACACACCAGAGAAUUCACACAGGAGGUAAACCAUAUGUCUGUGCUGACUGUGGGAAAAGUUUCAGUCAGUCAAGCCAUUUGAAAACACACCAGAGAAUUCACACAGGAGAUAAACCGUAUCUGUGUAGUAAAUGUGGGAAGAGUUUCAGAUGGUUACAAAACUUGAAAUUUCACCAACGACUCCAUACUGGAGAGAAACCACAUGUCUGUGUUUACUGUGGGAAGAGUUUCACGAUGUCUGGCCAUUUGAAAACACAUCAGAGAAUUCACACAGGAGAGAAUCUGUAUCUCUGUGCUGACUGUGGGAAAAGUUUCAGUCAGUCCAGCCAUUUGAAAAGUCACCAGAGAAUUCACACAGGAGAGCAACCGUAUCUGUGUAGUAAAUGUGGGAAGAGUUUCAGACAGUUACAAAACUUGAAAUUUCACCAACGACUCCAUACUGGAGAGAAACCAAAUGUCUGUGUUUACUGUGGGAAGAGUUUCAGUCAGUCAGGCAACUUGAAAAUCCACGAGCGAUUCCACACAGGAGAGAAUCCUUAUCAGUGCACUCACUGUGGGAAGUCUUUCAAUGCUUCCGGUUCUCUUAAAAGACACAAAUGCAAGUUGUGAAAGUUUAGGCAGAAUGUGAGUGUGUGUUCAUUCACCCGGACUCAGAAAUUCCAGUCUUUUUAAACAGCAGCUUAAUAUAAAAACUGUGAUAACUCUGGUGAAUGUCUACAGAUGAUACAGAUUUAUCAAUAUUAAACACAGUGCUCUGAAGCCGUUACAUUAUAAAGUACAUUCUUAGCAUGCAAUCCGUUGAAUAUACAGACACCUCGGAGCGUUGUGUGAUACGAGGCAAAGCCGAGUGCCUCCAACCCCUGAGAAGUCUGUAUAUUCAACGCAUACGCCGUGGGAGAAAUUCAUAGUUGUAAUUGAAUGUACUUUAUAAAAUGACAUUUCAAAUCUUAAACUAUGAGGCUUAAGAUGCUGUGAUGUUAAUUAAGUGUGUCUUCCCCCAACCUUCUCCCAGACACCUGGUGGACCAUGAAAUGAAUUGUUACCAUGAAACAUGGAACAUUUAAAUGAAUAGAAUUCCUGAUUUCCUUAUUUUAAAAGUGAAUUGAAAAACAAACCUUUACAAGUGUAUUAUAUUAACUUGUUUAACAAUCUCAGGGUUUUAGAUUUACUAAAACUAUCAGAUUGAAACGUAAUAAGUAAAAACCUAACUGUUUUAAUUUGGUUUUAGAAUCAUUUUAAUAACAAAUCUGGCGGACGCAAGUUUAAGAGUUGUUUCAGUAUGUUUUCCAAAUCAAAUUGAAAUGUUUAUUGUGUUUUAAUAAAGUUCGAAGUGCGAAUCAUUCUUACAUUAUUUCACUUUAAUUAUUAUAUAACGUGUUUAAUAUGCUUGUAACGGUAAUUUAGUUCAGAGAAUGAAACUGACAUGUUUAUCCUUCUGCGAUCAAUAUAACUAGCUAGCACAACAUGAAGUUUUGUUCUAUACAUGUUUUGAAUCCUGUUCUGUCUCUUUCUCUCUCUCUCUCCAUGGCACAAAAUGUUCUAUUGUUUUGUUCUAUAAAUAUUACGAAUCCUGUUCCCUCUGUCUCUCUCCAUGGAGGAGGGUCGCUUCCUGUUUUAAUGACGCACAUUGCUUGUGGAAAAGGAAGCGUCAUUCAAAAUUUCUAAGCCAAAGAAAGGACUGAUUUCGGUCAGGGAUUAGCUUCCUGUUUUACCCGGAAGUGAUUGGAUCUCCAAAGUAUACUCCUCUUCGGGCCCAAUAUUUAAAUCAAAACAUGCAUGAACUCGUUCUCUUGGAUUCAGACUCAUCUCGCCAUGAAGUAACCAUUGAGCCUUCGCUUGCAAUGGGGACUCAUUCAAGCAUCGUACGUAUCUUCAUCCUGAAGAAGACUCCUCGCCGCUACAUCCUGCAACUCUACAUGUUACAAAGAAGACAACUGCAUUCCAACAAGGACCAUGUCUCCAGAAUAAGUGUUACGAUUCAAAGACUUUGAGAUUCAAGUAAAAUACUGUGUUUGUGUAGAAAAACCUACAUGCAAACCAGAAGUAAAAACAUUGAAUACAGAGUAACACUUUGUAUGAUUAAAAACACAGGCGAUUCUACUCUGAACAAUUGAAAGAAGAAAAGACUUUAACUGAACUGGUGCUAUUGUGUGCAUUUCAAAACAAUGUGAACGUCUGAACCAUUUAAACAUUGAUUGAGUUUAUCUACAAGUUCUGUAGCAACUCUAGAUUACAACUUCCUACUAAAUGCAAUUGAAGCUGCUUCCAAACUGAACUUUUACGUAAACAUACAGAAGUCAGCUUGCGUUUGAAAGUAUUUGUUUCAAUGUUUUAUUACUGCUAUACUUAAAAUUCUGAUACCAUGAUUUCUAAUUAAUUACUUUUGUGAGCCUUAAUAAAAUUAAUCGUUUUUA